CGCCCGCCUGCCCGCCCGCCUCGCUCCUGGAAGGGGCGGCCGCCUCCAGGUGACCCGGACGGGACUGGCUUGCGCUUUCCAGAUGCAUCAGCGCUACUUCUGGACCGAGCAGGGCCCCGCGGCGCUCGGCGGGCCGUUGGCGGCGGACGGCGCGGGCUUCUUCGCCAUGGCAGAGGCCGAGCUGGCCGGCGGCGCGUACGCCCCCCCCGCGGGCCCGGACGGCGACCCCCGCGCGCACUGCACCGUGCUGAGCUGGGAGCAGGUGCGGCGGCUCGACGGCAUUCUGAGCGAGACCAUCCCGAUCCACGGGCGCGGCAACUUCCCCACGCUCGAGCUGCAGCCCAGCCUGAUCGUGAAGGUGGUGCGGCGGCGCCUGGCCGAGCGGCGCAUCGGGGUGCGCGACGUGCGGCUCAACGGCUCGGCCGCCAGCCACGUCCUGCACCAGGACAGCGGCCUGGGCUACAAGGACCUGGACCUCAUCUUCUGCGCCGACCUGCGCGGCGAGGAGGAGUUCCAGACGGUGAAGGACGCGGUGCUCGACUGCCUGCUGGACUUCCUGCCCGAGGGCGUGAACAAGGAGAAGAUCACGCCGCUCACGCUCAAGGAGGCUUAUGUGCAGAAAAUGGUUAAAGUGUGCAAUGACUCUGACCGGUGGAGUCUCAUCUCCCUGUCCAACAACAGUGGCAAAAACGUGGAACUGAAAUUUGUGGAUUCCCUGCGGAGGCAGUUUGAAUUCAGUGUAGAUUCUUUUCAAAUCAAGUUAGACUCUCUUCUCCUCUUUUAUGAAUGCUCAGAGAACCCCAUGACUGAAACAUUCCACCCCACCAUCAUCGGGGAGAGUGUCUAUGGCGAUUUCCAGGAAGCUUUUGAUCACCUUUGUAACAAAAUCAUUGCCACCAGAAACCCGGAAGAGAUCCGAGGGGGCGGCCUGCUUAAGUACUGCAACCUGCUGGUGAGGGGCUUCCGGCCUGCGUCAGAGGAGAUCAAGACCCUGCAAAGGUACAUGUGUUCCAGGUUCUUCAUUGACUUCUCAGACAUUGGGGAGCAGCAGAGGAAACUGGAAUCCUAUCUGCAGAAUCACUUCGUGGGGUUGGAAGACCGCAAGUACGAGUAUUUGAUGACCCUUCACGGAGUGGUGAAUGAGAGUACCGUGUGUCUGAUGGGACAUGAGAGAAGACAGACUUUAAACCUCAUCACCAUGCUGGCCAUCCGGGUGCUUGCUGAUCAGAAUGUCAUCCCCAAUGUGGCCAAUGUCACUUGCUAUUACCAGCCAGCCCCCUAUGUAGCAGAUGCUAACUUUAGCAAUUACUACAUCGCCCAGGUUCAGCCAGUAUUCACAUGCCAGCAGCAGACCUACUCUACAUGGCUACCCUGUAAUUAAGAAUCAGUUAAAAAUAUACCCGGUGGGGAAGCCAUUGCAGACAAGA